AUGGCAUUAUUUAGCUUAGUGCUGAUUCCAUUUGUGAUCAGCUCUGAUGUUGCUUCUGCUUGCCAGAAUACAGAUGACUUUGUGGGCGCCAGUUCUCCAGGAGACAUUAUUAUAGGAGGUUUGUUUGCAGUUCACAGUGAAAUGCUGCAUCCAGAAGAGCAUCCUAUCAAGCCAGUAAUUCAGAACUGUGCUGGCUUUGAAAUUCAAAUUUUUCUUCAGACUCUUGCAAUGAUACAUGCUAUUGAAAUGAUCAACAAUUCAACAUUAUUAUCUGGAGUUACUCUGGGCUAUGAAAUCUAUGAUACCUGUGCAGAAGUUACAAAAGCCAUGGCAUCUGCUCUGAGGUUCCUGUCCAAAUCCAAUACUUCUAAGGAUAUUGUAGAGUUCAAGUGUAACUAUUCAGACUAUGUACCAAGAAUUAAGGCAGUCACCGGAGCCAGCUACUCUGAGGUGUCAAUGGCAGUUUCAAGGCUAUUGGCUUUGCAACUAAUCCCACAGGUCAGUCCUGCAUCAUCAGCUGAAAUCCUCAGUGACAAAAUCCGUUUUCCUUCUUUCUUGAGGACUAUCCCCAGUGAUUUCCAUCAGACAAGAGCAAUGGCCCACCUGAUCUGUGAAUCUGGGUGGAACUGGAUUGGAGUAAUAGCCACCGAUGAUGACAACGGGCGCUUUGCUCUGGAGAGCUUUGGGGUCCAGGCCAUGGCAAACAGUGUUUGCAUAGCUUUCAAAGAAAUGCUGCCUGCCUAUCUCUCUGAUAACACCUUUCAUACAAAAGUUGAUUGUGCAAUCGAGAAGAUUGUCAAGGAAACCAGAGUAAAUGUCAUUGUAGUCUUUAUGAGACAAUUCCACGUGCUCAAACUAUUUAAGAAGGCAAUUGAGAGAAAUGUAAAAAAGAUUUGGAUUGCAAGUGAUAACUGGUCAACUGCAGUGAAAAUCAGUACAAUGCCCAACAUCAGAAAGCUGGGAACUGUUGUGGGAUUUGGAUUUAAAAACAAGGAUGUAUCCACAUUCCAAGAAUUUCUGAGAAAUAUUCAUGAAAGGCCCACUGAAAACAACAAGUUUUUACUUGAGUAUAUUAUGCUUUUGUCAGUCUGUGCACACCUGGACAACUACGAUUUUCAAAUGUGUAUUUCAAGCCAAUCCCAGUACGACCUGAUGCAAAUUGUUGAGAACAAACAUCAGAUCUGGAGAGACGAUUUUUUGAGUGCCAACAUUGAACCAGGAUUUAUCCAUAGUACUAUACUUGCAGUGUAUGCCAUUGCCCAUGCCAUAAAAGGGCAAUGCAAAGACAGAAACUGCAAGGACCCCUCUGCUUUUGCCCCCUGGGAGCUCCUUGAAGAACUUAAAAAAGUUACAAUCAUUGAUGAUGAUAAAGAAAUCAAGUUUGACUCCAAAGGCGAUAUGAGCUCUGGUUAUGAUGUACUUCUUUGGAAAGAAGUUGAUGGCCACAUGGAAAUCACCACUAUGGCAGAAUAUGACCCAGAAAACGGUUACUUCAUCUUUGAGGAUGAGGAGAAAAAAAAAGAAUUUCUGGAUUUAAAGAAGGUUCCAUCAACAUGCUCCCAGCACUGCAGACCAGGACAGAUGAAAAAGGUUACAGAAAGUCCACACACAUGCUGUUACGAGUGCGUUUAUUGCCCAGAAAACCAUUACAGCAAUCGAACAGAUAUGGAUUAUUGCUACCGGUGCCACAACAAAACCUACUGGGCACCCGUGAACAGCACUACAUGCUACAGAAAAACAAUCCACUUCCUCGACUGGUCAGACUGGUUUGCUAUUUUCCUGCUCCUCCUCUCCGCCUUCGGGGUUGUGCUCAUUUUUUCCAUCAGUGCAAUAUUCACUAAAAACUUGAGCACACCAGUUGUAAAGGCAUCUGGAGGUUUAACUGUCUGCUAUAUUAUCCUCCUCAGCCACUUCUUCAUUUUUUUAAGCACUGUGUUCUUCAUAGGUGAACCCACAGAGUUCAAAUGUAGAACUCGCCAAGCCCUCUUCGGCAUAAGUUUUGCACUCUGCAUUUCAUGUAUUUUAAUAAAAUCACUAAAAAUUUUACUAGCCUUUAGUUUCGAUCCCAAGCUGCAGAAUUUCUUGAAAUGUGCCUAUAAACCUAUAACCAUUGUAUUCAUCUGCACUGGGAUUCAGGUUAUCAUUUGCACCUUUUGGCUAAUAUUUAGGACGCCUUUUGUAAAGCAAAAUUUCUCUAUUCCGAGAGCCAUCAUUCUGGAGUGCAACGAGGGCUCUGUUGUGGCUUUUGGGAUUAUGCUGGGUUACAUAGCUGCUCUAGCCUUCAUCUGCUUCAUAUGUGCCUUUAAAGGCAGGAAGUUACCAGAGAACUACAACGAAGCUAAGUUCAUAACAUUUGGCAUGCUAAUUUACUUUAUAGCAUGGAUUGUAUUUAUCCCUGUCUAUGUAACUACGUUUGGCAAAUACCUACCAGCGGUGGAGAUCAUUGUUAUAUUAAUAUCCAAUUAUGGGAUUCUCUGUUGCACUUUCUUUCCUAAGUGCUAUAUCAUAAUUUACAAGCAAGAAACAAAUACAAAGUCUGCCUUCCUCAAGAUGAUUUACACGUACUCUUCCAAGAGUGUGGGCAGCAUUGCUGUCAGCCAGAUUUCCUUGGACUCGAAGUCUUCCAGCUCCCGAAUCACUGCGUCAGACUCAUGUAAUGCUGAGAAAAGCUCUGUGAAUGGAAACUGCCAUAUUCAAGUGCCUGGGCAGGCACCAGUAAAAGAGAAAGUUGCUUCUAAAAGUGCAGCAAGGACUCUGUCCAGGAAAAGGCUGUCCAGCAUAUGA